AUGCCUACUAAGAAGAAAAAAGGCAAACAAGGUCCUUUAGGGGAUCCAAAUAAAAGGCACCAUUACAUUCCACAAUUUAUUCUACGUACCUUUGCUAUUGAUAAUUACGAUAGAAAAUUUGUAAUGUCACCAAAUUACCAACUUCAAGCCCUACCGUAUAAGAAUAAUAAAAAUCAGCUUUGUCUUCAAACCUAUAACAGAAUGGAUAAUCAACUAGGCAUCUCUUUAAUUAAGGAUACCUAUGAGUAUGAAUAUAUGUACAUAGAUCUUAAUAACGAAAAUGCAAUGCAUGUAGAAAAAGAAUUAUCAGUUCUUGAAGGAAAAGCUUCAAAAGUUAUUCGAGAUAUUAUAGAAAAAUCUCAAAGUGAAAGUCAAAUUGUUUUAUUCAGAAAAGACCUAAGUGAACUACGUAAAUUUCUUUUCAUUAUGGACUAUCGAAAACCUCAUAGAUGUUCUCAGUUUAAUAGAGAGAAAUUUGAUCAUCCUACAUGGUUGAGGGUACAAGAAUUUAUUCGAAGCUGUAACUUACAAAAUGCUCGAGAAGUCUGGUUACAAAAUAUUACUCAAAUAUUAAAAACCCCACAUAAAGAAGUAAAAGAUAAUCCACUUAUUUUUGAAAUAGAUAGAGAUAAUUACAAACAGCGUAUGGUUGAUAGUUUUCUUGUAAUUUGGCAGGCAGGAGAAAAUGAUGAAUUUUUAAUGACAAACAAUGGAUUUGGAACCUUUGAAGGGGUGUCUGGAGAAAUAGCUGAAGGAUUGCCUUUUCAAUUUCCUUACCACCUUUUUUAUAUUAUCUCUCCAAAGUUGGUGCUAGUCCUUUGUCAUAUUUCAUUCCGAAAAGGAUUAGAAUUUGAUAAGCAUAUUUUGUAUAAUGAAAUGGGAUUUAGACGAUCUAUAUUUGAAAAUGCCCCUCAUCCACAUGCAACACCUAAUUACGUUAGCAAAAUAAAUGCAUCCCAUUGUUCUGACACACUUUAUUCUGACAUGCCAUAUGACUUAGCGAUGAAAAGUAUCGGUCUCAGAAGGCACGAUGAUGACACAUUUACUUUUCCUUUUGCCAAAAUUACAUCAGCUACUGUUCACCUCGUAAACUCUAUUAUACUCAAUGAAACAAAUGAACAAGACUUAGUUGUGUCCUUCAAUUCCCCUUCGUAUCUUUAUAAAACAAUUGUCAAAUAUCAUGCAAAACAGCACAUUGGUUUUACUCAAAACUUUUCUAAUUUGAAAAAAAAAUUGUUUACAACUUUAAACAGAACCCAUGAAGAUUUGUGUCUUCGAAAAAAUAUCCAAGUUAAUCGCUCAUAA